GUGUGAAUAACCUUCCUUUUCGACCAGUCUGUAUAACACGUGUGUGUUUGUUCCAGGUUUGUGCUUUCAAGUUUAGCCCAAAAUGGCUCCUAAAGGUAAUAAUAUGAUCCCAAAUGGUCAUUUCCAUAAGGAUUGGCAAAGAUUUGUGAAGACUUGGUUCAAUCAACCCGCGCGUAAAUUCCGAAGGAGACAAAACCGUAUCAAGAAAGCUAAUGCGAUCGCACCCAGACCAGCCAAAGGCCCCCUUCGUCCAGCUGUGAGAUGUCCAACGGUACGUUAUCAUACUAAGCUUCGUACAGGAAGAGGCUUUACCCUCCAAGAAUUGAAAACAGCAGGACUUAAUGCUCGUUAUGCUAGAACUAUUGGAAUAGCAGUCGAUCAUCGUAGGAGAAAUAAGUCCCUCGAGUCUGUUCAAUUGAACGUACAAAGGUUGAAGGAAUAUCAAUCGAAAUUGAUUUUGUUCCCCAUCCACAAUAAAAAGAAAUUGAAAGCAGGAGAGGCUAAUGAGGAAGAAAGGAAGGUUGCCACUCAAUUAACUACUGAAGUACUUCCUAUUCGUCAAGCUUCUAUCAAGUUGAAGGCUAAGGUGCCAACGGAAGAGGAAAAGAACUUCAGUCCAUACAACACCCUCAGAAAGGCGCGUGCUGAUGCUAGAUUGAUAGGAAUUCGUGCUAAGAGAGCAAAGGAUGCUGCCGAGAAUGAAGAUGUAACCAAGGCUUCAAAAGAGAAGAAACAGAAGAAAUAAAUUUUUCUGAUUAAUAUUUGAUAAGUGUAAAAAUAUAAUAUCUUCUUAA